AUGAUUAAGAACCGCCGGCUUGCCGACCUCGAACUUGGUCAUCCUGGCCUUCUGAGCUACAUUCCCGCCGAGAAUCCCGAGCUUGGUCCUGGCUUGCUGCAUACGACCAGACUCACAACCGGCACCCUACGCUUUGACAUUGUCGGCUCGUCCGCUGAGCUCUAUCCGCCAUCCAGAACCGCGAAUCCCUGUGUUUCAUCCCAGCUCUGGAGAGAGCGCCAACUUCAGCGGCGAUGGCUGCUCAACACCCACCCCGAGGCCUUCAUGGGCAACCAGUCCUUCCAGGGCUACCUCAAGGAAGACAUGGAGCGCUUCAGAAGAGCAGAGGAGACGAUUAGGCGCCGGCCGUUGCUCGCAGUCGGUCUCAUGUCUGACCUGAGAGAUGCACGAGCCCCCAAAGCAAUGUCGCUGCUCGCUGUCGCGGCUGGAGAGUCUGGCGAGCAGCUGCGGCUCACACGCAUGGAUGAGACGCAGUGGCAGUGGGGAGCGGAGACAGAAGCCGUCCUGCAUCUGUCCGUCAUCGACUCUGAUUACAAGGAGGAGGAGGCCCUGUGGGCCACGGACGCGGUGCCCAUCUCGCAAGUCAAAGCUGCGACGUACUCUUCCCCGAGCAACUCUGUCCGAUGGCUCUUGGUGCAGAAACCAACUUGGACGGCUAUUCUUCAGCCCGAAUACCAUCCGUAUCAUGUACCGGACGAUGACGCGGCGGGCGAUCCGACUCAUCAGCGGGCGUCAUACAUCAACCCAAACCCGCUGCUGACCCUGCAUCACCACCAGACGGGUGGUAACGCGCAUUCCGAUGUGAGCUUCAAUCCACCAGCGCUCAAACGCCCGCCGCAACUGGCCGUCCUGGACGAAUGUGGCUACUGGACAAUCUGGAACGUGUCGGGGACCUGGAAAAUCGACAAGAAAACGCUGCGUCUAUCCCAGUACAAAUGUGGCCACAUUUACUCUAGCCACCUGCAGCGCGGCCCCAACUUUUAUCAAGUCAGCAUUCUAGGAGAAGAUCUCUGCGUGCGCUAUUGCGUCUGUACAACAUCUACCGACCCAACGUUUGAUGUUUCCCUGCCUACGACGCGAAUCGGGUGGUCGAGAAGCGAGCAGCGGCGGCGCUGGAAAAAGAAGCGCAAACGAUUUCUGCGUCGCCUGGAGGACGCAUUUGUUCUCCCGGACAGCAUGGGCGAAGCCGACAUGGAGUCUGCUCUCGUGGAGACGGACGAGGUGGGGGCACAGGAUUCUGGAGAUGACUCGUCCUGGGAGCCACGACCUGUUCUUUUGAAGCUUGUUCGGAUCUCCCAAGCUAUCCGCGAAGGACUCGUUCUAGCCGCAGCACAAAGGGAACCCCUGGUGCCGGCCACGGUUUUCGAUGCUGUCUAUGCCGUGCUGGAGGAUGGGCUACUCAAUGGCAGCCUGCCUCUAACGACAUGGGCGGAAAUAGCCGACGACCUCGAACAGCCAACGGCAUACCAGGCGGACGACGACGCCAUGGGGGGUGCAGAUAGCUUGCUUAAGUCUACAGCGGGCAACUUGAGCGAGGAGCUUGAGCAGGUCUGGAAUAUUUGGGUGUCCGAGGUUGUCAGAGAUGUUUUCCUGUCCAGCUAUGGAGCGAUGGUUCAGGACGUGCCUUUGCUGGGGGCUGGUAGCCCUAAGGCUGGAGACGAAGACAAGUCGACGGCAUAUCCCAGCCAGUUGUCGAGUCGCAGCCCGCGCAUCACCCCGUCGUCUCAGCUUGAGCCCUCUUCAAGUGCCUCUCUCCCAUCGACGUCUGCGGAUUCCGCCAUGCAGCGACUGAAGCUCCUUACCACGUCUCUUGAGCCGGCGAAGCUCGGGAACGCCAAAUGCCCCAAGUUUUUUUCAUACUGGCCAACGGAGCGUGGGGUCGAUACUCGUGACUACGUUUCGAGCGUCGCAAUAUCGACCGAGGAAAAGUUCCAAGACGCCAAGGACCGGCUGCAGAGGAGGGAAGCCAAGCGCAAGGCUCUGGCAGAGCGAUAUAAGCGACCAGCUUUCAUGCGGCAGGGCUUCCCUAUGAGCGACGGGCCGGGGCAGGACGCAGCCAGUCUCCCGCUGAGGCCGCCUCCGAUGCAGAUCAUGUCGAGCCAGCAGGCGGCGCCCGAGUCGUCGCAGACGCAGGGGCCAUGGGUGACGAUGAGUCAGCCCGUGGCGGGUGCGUUUGGAGACAGGAAGAAAGGGAAGAAGGGGAAGCGGAAGAGCGGCUUCAGAUGA